AAAUACAUUAGUGGGUAAAGCCAGUAAAAACGCUAAGGAGGCUGGGAGAGGGCUUGGGUUACUCAAACUAAUCGCGUUAUAAUGAUAUGUACAGUAGGUACACGAACGACCACAACCAGCCCACUGCGCAUGCCCAACUAGUAACGCUGAGUAACCACGUGAUGUUAAAAAUAACAAUCUUCUCUGCGCACGCAGCGCUUCACUGCGAAGGAGCAUAAGUCACAUGAUCACGCCGCGUUCACUGACACCGUCCCUGCUGGAGUGACUACGCAGUGGGCCACGCCCACAGAUCACAUGACCCUGACGUUAUCGCAGGUCCUUAAAUCAAUAGAACCGGUAGUGUCUGGCAGGUAUAGAUGAUAUUGACAGAAAGAAGACUUGGGCAGUUGGAUUUCGGAUCUCUUUGUUCUCAAGGUAAAGCAUGCCAGCGUGCUUUGUCCAUGGAUGUUGGUAUCACUGGAAGAAAGAUGAUGAUGUUGUCCUCCAUUCUUUUCCUCAUGAAUCCGAGCUGGUAAAGAAUUGGCUUCUCCACCUGAACCAGGAGCUUGGUGACAUAGAUCAGCUCGCCGAGAAAAUAUCAAAUUCCAAAAAAGGAUCUUACAGAAUUUGCUCUAAACACUUUACACCAGAAGAUUAUGAAGUAAGAGGAAGUUCAAGACUUCUUAAAAAAUCAUCCUUUCCCUCCAUUUUUCCAAAGGUGUUGCCUUCUUCACAUAUACGGAGAAGGAAAAAAAAGAAAAAUCCUUUUGCCCACAUAAGUUCAGAUGUCUUUAAUGAAGAGGACUUGGCAUUUGCCCAAAGGCUAAUGUUAAUGCCUGAAAGCGCAGUUUUCUCCACAGGCGUGAACAACUUUUUAUCCGAACAUUCUUACUCCUCUGUCUCUCAAGAAGAAACGUCUCCUUCCACUCAGACUGUUGGAACUAACACUGAGUAUUACCCAGGACAAAGACAUAAAAAUAUACAAACAUAUCAUCUUGUCCGCAAAAGCAGCAAAAGAAUACAAGUGAACAGACGUUUGUCACAGCACAGCUUUGGAAUCCAGUGUAAUAUAGUGCCACUACCUCCUUUACUAUGUUUUACAAGUUCUGGAAGUGAUACCAGAAAAUGGCCAAGUCCAUCUGCUGUUCCUGUCUAUACUCCUGUGGAAGAGGAGGAGGAUGAUGUGGAGGAGGAUGUUAUGGAAGAAGAUGACAAUGAUGUGGAGGAGGAUGUUAUGGAAGAAGAUGACAAUGAUGUGGUGGAGGAUGAUGUAGAGGAAGUGGAAGAUGGUAGUGAAAUGAUGUUAAACCUAGAUAUUAGUCUUGACCCAACAGACUUAAACAGUUCCUGUCUUUAUGGAACCAUUACAGGGGGAAAGAGCAGUCCUGUAGGCGAUCCCAAAGAGUAUCAAAGAGGGUCCACACUGCCAUUUGAUUUAUUAAACAGCUAUCAUGAUUCUUCUCCUCUGUGGCUCAGUCAGUCCAUGGUUACAAAUAUAGCAGUGGAGAACCACCUGCACUUCCUAACCCAACAGCAGAAAAAUGGGAUAUGCCCAUCAAUAUCAAGUAGCUGGGUUUCUAGUACAGGAUCUUCCCAUAUGAAUCCUCCAGAUAGACUACUUCACAAUGCAGAUUCCUUAAGUGAUCCACUGAUGAUGCAAACAAGGAACAAGAUGACCGAGAAGAUAUUAAACCUUACUUUGGAGGUCAUCUUCUUGCUUAGUGGGAAGGAUUAUACAAUUGUGAAAAAGUCAUCUGGUGAGUAUUGGACACCCAGAAGUCCUCCUUGUCUGUCAGGGGGAUAUAUCAAUGUCCUCAGCCCCAUCACAGAGCCUCCACUUCACUCAAAUAUAAUUGAGAAAAAUAAUAAGCAGAAGAUCCUAUACCUCACCAACAAGAUCAUUGAGUUGCUGACUGGAGAGGUUCCUAUAAGGUGUCAGGAUGUCACAGUGUGCCUCUCCAUGGAGGAGUGGGAGUAUUUGGUAAGACACAAGGAUCUGUACAAGGAAAUCAUGAGGGGAACUCAUCAGCCUCUUCCAUCAUUGAAUGGAUCAAGAAAAAGAAAUACAACAGAAAUAUUUUCUCAGGAUUGUUCCAAGGAAAAUCAAAAUACCCCAAAGGAUCAUCAAGGUGAAGAAUUAAUUGUGGUUAAAAUUGAAGACAUGGAUGAAGAAACUACAUAUAUGUUGGGAGAACAGAAGUUUAAGGAAGAGGAAAUUCCUGCUGCUAUCUACUUAGGUUCCAGUUCAUCUUCUUCUCAUAUAAAAACUCUGCAUAAAUUAAUCCAAAAGUCUGACCCAGCAGGGACCAACAGCAAUAAGAUGACAAAGAGAAUACUGAAUCUCACCAUGAAGAUUAUCCAUCUGCUGACAGGAGAGGAUUUUGCAGUAGAGAAGAAGGCAUCUGGUGAGUGUCAGACCCCUAGCAGCCAUUCCAGUAUGUCAGAAGGAUGGAGCAGGAGCCAGAGCCCCAUUACGAUGCCUCCACCUCACUCACUGGUAAAUGAGAGAGACAAGCAGAAGGUUCUCAGACUUGCCAACAACAUUGUACAUCUCCUAACUGGAGAGGUUCCUGUAAGGUGUAAGGAUGUCACUGUCUACUUCUCCAUGGAGGAGUGGGAGUAUAUAGAAGAACGCAUGGAUCUUUACAAGGAGGUCAUGACUGAGACUCAUCAACCCCUUACUUUAAUGGAUGAUUCUAAAGAGAGAAAUACACUAGAGAGAUGUCCUGGUCUUACUUAUUCCCAAGACUGUCUAGAAGAUUGUGACGUCCCAUUGGAUCACCAGGAGGGGCGUGACUUUUUUGUUGUUAAAGUUGAAGAUCUAGAAGAAAAAAGAAUCCAGGUUGUGGGCGAUCACCAGUAUAAGGAGGAAGGAAUUUCUAUAGAUACUGGCCCAGAACAUGAAAUGAAAUAUUCAUGUGCUGAUUGCGGCAAGUUGUUUACGGAUACAUUGCAUCUUGUUGAACAUCAAAAAAAUCACUUGGAGGAGAAGCCGUAUAUAUGUUCAGAAUGUGGGAAUUGUUUUAUACUUAGACAAGAGCUUGAGAUUCAUCAGAGCACUCAUAGAGAGGAGAUGCCUUUUCCAUGUCUGGAUUGUGGCCAAUGCUUUUAUCAGAACUCAGAUCUUGUUGAACAUCAAAGAAUUCACAUAGCAGGGAGGCCUUUUUUAUGCUCAGAAUGUGGAAUAUCUUUUACGAAUGAAUCGUAUCUUGUUAAACAUAAAAAAACUCAUACAGAGGUGAAGCCCUUUUCAUGUUUGGAUUGUGGGAAAUCAUUUACACUUAAACUUUUUCUUGAAAAUCAUCAAAAAACUCAUACUAUGGAGAAGUCGUGUUUAUGUACAGAAUGUGGUAAAUGUUUUAUUAAGAAAUCAGACCUUGUUGUACAUAAGAGAUUUCAUACAGGGGAAAAUCCUUUUUCGUGUCCAGAAUGUGGAAAAUGUUUUUCACAGAAAUCGGUUCUAGCAAAUCAUCAGAGAUUUCACACAGGCGAAAAGCCAUUUUUAUGCUUAUAUUGUAGGAAACCUUUUUUCCAGAAAUCAGACCUUGUUAGACAUUAUAGAACUCACACAGGAGAGAGACCGUUUUCAUGUACAGAAUGUGGGAAAAGCUUUACCCAGAAAUCAGUUCUUGUUCAGCAUCAGCGAAUUCACACAGGAGAAAAGCCAUUUUCAUGUACAAAAUGUGGAAAAUGUUUUACACACCGGUCAAAUUAUAUGAAACAUCUGGUUCUUCACACACGUUAAAGUGUCUCUGAACCUAUAACUCUUCUUAAGUUAUUUAUCUUUGAUCAUGUUCAAUGAAAUCUAAUAAAGGAAAAGGACUGUUGUGGAGAGAUUUUACCUAUUAACACAUCUGGGACUCAAAAAAAAAUAAAAUUUUUUUUUUUUUUACAUCUAUUUACAUGUGAAGGCAAUUAUCAUAUUUCUAUUCUGUCCUCAGAAUAGUUUUUUUUAAAACAAAAUAUAUUACAACAUCUUCAUAGAGGUUCUC